CCACAAUGAAAUCAUCGUUCAAAUGUUUCAGUUUUAUUUGUCUGGUUGUUCUUAUUGGUGCUGAUAAAAACGAAGACACAACGGUUAUAAAUACACCGUCUGGACCAAUCAAAGGACUGAAACUGAAUUAUCACAAAACAGGAGAACAUUUAUAUGAAUUCAGGGGAAUACCAUUCGCCAAACCACCAAUUGGUCCAUUGAGGUUCAAAAAAACAGAACCACUUGAAAAACGGAAAGAAGUUCAUGAUGGAACGAAAUUCGGAGCAAUCUGUAUGCAGCCGGGUAUCAAUUUCAUACCCGAACUUACUAGACCUGCUAUGUCGGAAGAUUGUUUGGUAUUGAAUGUCUACGUUCCGAGAAAUUUAAACGAAUCUUUAUCAGUAAUGGUAUGGAUACACGGUGGCGUCUUUUUGACUGGUUAUGGACACCAAUACGAUGGUGGAAAACUUGCAAUGGAAGGAAAUGUAAUAAUUUUAACAAUAAACUACAGACUUGGCGGAUUUGGAUAUUUUGCUGUAGGUCAUUCUGCAGCAAGAGGUAACUAUGGUUUAUGGGAUCAAAAGAUGGCACUGCAAUGGGUACAUGAUAAUAUUGCAUCAUUUGGAGGUAAUUCUGAGUCUGUAACAGUAUUUGGCCAAUCCGCGGGGGCAGGUGCUGCAUCAUUUCAGUCACUUAUACCUUCAAAUAAAGGACUUUUUCAGCGAGUUAUUGCACAGAGUAGUGUUGUAACUAGAUUUACUGUGCUAAAAGAUAGCACUGUUGAAAAAUUUGCAGCAGAAAUAGCUCAAAAAUCUUCCUGUCCAUUCGCUGACAAGAAAAUAUUCGUUGACUGCUUAAGAAAGAAAACUGCUGAUGAAAUCCUUGAACUGACCAACCCUAUUGCCUCAAUGCCAGCGGACAAGAUGAUUUUUGAAGGCAUUGUAAUGCCGGUUGUAGAUCAUGAAUUGUUUCUUGAACAUCCAAUUAAAAGUCUUGAAGACAACUCAUCAGAUGUGUCCAAGUUUUUCCGUUCUCUAGAUUUCAUGGCGGGGGCUGUCUCUAACGAAGGAUCCUUACUAUAUAUGGUAAUUACACCAAGUUUUCAAGAAUACUACAAAUUUAAUUUAUCUAAAGGUAUUCCUUUGAAAGCCGUUUGUGACGGAAUAUUGUCACCCUUCGUGGAAACGUGGUAUGCUAACAACUCAAACGUCUCGGACAAACUGUGUAAAUAUUAUUCCGCAGAGUCUGUCGUAAAUCAAUCUUUAAAAGCAACUGAUUCCUGGGCUGACAUUUCAUUUAACUUUGGUAUCAAUAAAAUGUUAGAAUAUCACUCUGGAGGUAACACAUACCAAUAUGUGGUAUCCAAAUUAAGCCCAAAACCUUUCGGCGGACCUCCUCCAUCGUGGUUUAAAGGUGUCGGCCAUGGUGAUGAAUUGCUUUACUUUUUCAAUAUCACAAAGUUUCUGUCACUGGAUGAAGAAGUGAUACUAAAUGAUAAAGAUGAGGAUUUUGGAAAGAAAAUGAUAAGUUAUUGGACAUCUUUUGCUGAGACUGGGGUGCCAUACGCUGGUAAUGGAUCGGUACCAUGGGAACCAUUCGAUAUAAAUGACAAACAUUAUCUGGAUUUUGACGUUGAGAUCACACUUAAAAGUAACUACAAACCUGAAAUAUUGGACAUCUGGUCAAACCAACUACCACCGUCUGAUCUGGGAUCAGGGACUCCAGAUAACGCCCAAGACACUAGAGAAAUAAGCAGUGCAUCACUCAACUCCAUCAGCAUAACAACGCUACUGAUGUUUGUCACAGUCGGACUUCUUCAUACAUGUAAAUUCUAGCUUCAAAUAGCGUCUU